UUUUUUUUUUUUUUGACUAGUUCUUCAAUGUCGCUCCUUUUAAGAAGUAUCCAGACGGGACCACUUCUCCUUGUUUCUUCCCCGGCCGGCGAAAUGACCUGUUGGCCCAAUGCCGGAGCGGCGAAACGAAAAAUCCGGCUCUCAAUGGCGGAGACGCCGCCCGACCCGCUGCGCCACCCCAUUGAUAGAGCCCUAAGCCUCACCUACGAAUCAUCGCACUCCGAUUUGCAACCUAAGCACACGGACUUACUGAUUCGCGGUUUGUCCGCCCCAAUUAUACCUCAGCCGCACUCUAUCCGUCGCCCAUACCGUUUCUUGUCGCUGAACCCUUUCAUCUCUUUCAUCUCCACUCCAUUUAUGGCGGUGUUCAAGGGGAGAUGUAAGCUAGCGGCGGAGAUUCCUAGAGGACGGCAGAUAGAGGAAUCGAGAAAAGAGUCGCAGUUGUUAGAGACAAUGAACAAGGUCGACAGUGGGGGAACGGUGAAGAAAACGUAUUCGGUGUCGCCGGCUGAUUACCGGUUGCUCGAGGCGGUGGGGCAGGGGGCGAGCGCGACGGUGUACCGCGCGAUGUACAUACCGUACAAUGAGAUUGUCGCUGUAAAGUGCUUGGAUCUCGAUCGUUGCAACAGUAAUCUCGUCCGUUCCUCUCUGAGGGAAGCUCGAACAAUGAGUUUGAUAGAUCACCCAAAUUUGCUGAAAGGAUGUUGCUCAUUUGUUGUUGAACGCUCUCUCUGGAUUGUUAUGCCAUUCAUGACAGAGGGUUCAAGUUUUCAUCUGAUGAAAGUUGCAUAUCCUAAUGGGUUUGAAGAACAAGCUAUUGGGUCAAUUCUCAAGGAAACUCUCAAAGCAUUGGAAUACCUUCAUAAACAUGGGAUCAUUCAUCGAGAUGUAAAGGCUGGGAAUAUCCUCCUUGAUAGCUCUGGUGCUGUAAAGCUUAGUGAUUUCGGUGUAACUGCUGGUAUGUUUGAUAAGGGUGAUAGACAACGUUCAAGGAAUACUUUUGUAGGUACACCAUGUUGGAUGGCACCAGAGGUGAUGCAGCCAGGAGGUGGAUAUGAUUUUAAAGCUGAUAUAUGGUCAUUUGGAAUUACUGCACUUGAGUUGGCCCAUGGUCAUGCUCCUUUUUCAAAAUACCCACCAAUGAAGAAUCACUGA